ACACGCGGCUGAUAUGCUCAGAUUUUCUUUUGGCGAAUAGAGUACAUUCAAUGUAUACAAGGAGAAACGAAACUUGGUGGAAAAAAUAAGCCUACAAAACGCAACUUAAGAUAAACAAUAAAAUAAUAAAAAUCAACACUUGUUGAACAUGGUGUGACCAAUGAACAUUGAACGGGUAUAAGUUCUCAAUUUGGACACGACAAUUUAAAGACAAAAUCAUAGAAAAGAAAAACUGCCACCAACCUAAAAAUAAGACUUUCUUGUUCAAAAAGCAAUUCUAUUCGACUACUUCUGAAAAAGGCAGAGCAAAUAGCUCAUAAUCCAAAUUGUGAAGAUUGUUAAUUAAUGGAGACGGUGAUGGAAGAUGUAGAAGAAUACAAUUAUAGAGAAGUGAAGCUUCCAUCGUUGAUCCCAAUAGUACCUGAACCAGAGCUUGAAAGAGAAACAGGAGAGAGGAGAAGAGGAAGAGAUAUAGUGAUAGCUAUAGAUCAUGGUCCAAACAGUAAACAUGCUUUUGAUUGGGCUCUUAUUCAUCUAUGUCGACUCGCUGAUACCAUCCACCUAGUUCAUGCUGUUUCUGAUGUGAAGAAUCAAAUUGUGUAUGACUUGACCCAGGGGCUGAUGGAGAAAUUAGCUGUUGAGGCUUUUGAAGUUGCAAUGGUAAAAACAGUAGCUCGGAUUGUGCAAGGUGAACCAGGAAAAGUAAUUUGCAAUGAAGCAGAGAGGACUAAACCUGCAGCUGUUGUUCUUGGAACUAGAGGCAGAAGCCUGUUUCAAAGUGUGCUACAAGGAAGUGUUGGUGAGUACUGCUUUCACCAUUGUAAAGCAGCACCUAUUGUAAUUGUUCCUGGAACAGGUUCAUAAGGUUGAAGUGUAAAGAGAGGACUUGUAUUUCAAAUCACUUGAGUGAAUUUCAAGGGCUCCUUGAUCAGAUGCCAAGAAUGGGUAUUAAGUUUAAUGAUGAACUUUUGUGACUAUUUCUAUUGCUAUAUUUAUCAGAGUCUUGAGAGAUGUUUCGGGUUUCUACCACAAGUUCUGCUCCUAGAGGUGUUGUUUCUUUGGAAACGUCUAAGGUAUUCUUAAUGAGGAGAUGUGAAGGAAGACACAUGGUUCUUCAUCUCAAUUUGAGGUACUUGUCACUAAAAAUAGAGGAGAAUUAAGAAAGAACCGAAGGGUGGUAUAGAGACUAGCAGAAGCAAGUCUAAGCCAUGAUACAAGAAUCUAGAGUGUCAAUAUUCUCACAAAAUAGGACAAGUACAUAAGUAUUGUAAUCGAUGGAAAAGAGAUAACAAAGGAAAGAAAGAUAAUUCUAAACAAAGUUUCAUGAAGAUCACAAUGAUGAUUGUGUUACUACUGCUACUAGUAAUGAUCUUGUUAUUCUUCGUGAUCAUGAGACAGUUAAUCUUGUAUCAGACAAGAGCAUGUGGAUAGUUGACUGUGGUGCUACACUACAUGUCAUCAAGGAAUAAUUUCUUCACAUCUUAUACUUCUGGUGAAUUUGGAGUGUUGAAUAUAGGUAAUGAUGGAGUGUCUAAUUUAAUUAGUGUUGGUGAUGUUUGCUUGUAAACCAACAUGGGAAUGAAAUUUUUGCUUAGAGGUGUCUAACAUGCUCCAGAUGUGCGCUUUAAUUUGAUAUUUGUGCAUAUGCUUAAUGAUUGUAGUUAUGAAAAUCACUCUGGUUUUGGAAAGUGGAAACUCAACAAAGGUAACUUGGUUGUGGCUAGAGGGGGGAGCUUUCUAAACUAUAUUGGACAAAGCUUUGAUUUCUAGGGACACUGUGAAUGCUAUCGACAUGGAAGCAUCUUUGUGGCACCGAAGAUUUAGUCAUAUUAGUGAAAAGGGGCUAAAUGUUUUGGACUAAAAGGAUGUUCUUCUAGAAGUAAAGAAUGCAGAUUUUGAGAAGUGUUCUCAUUGCAUGGCUGGUAAACAUACUAUAGUAGCCUUCAAGUGACAUCCUUCCUCAAGGAAGUCAAAGUUGCUCCAAUUAGUACAUUCCAAUGUUUGUGGUCCAUUAAACCUUUCUUAGGUUUCUUCUUAAAAAUCUGGUAAGGUGGUUUAAUGUAAUGGGAUAGCUUAGGAUUUGGUUCAUUCAAGAUUUGUUUCUUGGUUCUUUUGAAGGGUGAGUUAUUAUCUAAGAAUUGCUCAAGGGAGAAUUCUUUAACUUCACAUUCUCUAGUUACCUCACUUUUUUCUCCCUCAAAAUUUAUCUCAACCUCGCUCGAUUCCUUAUCUUCCUUACUCACUUUUGGUUUCGAUGGUAUCACUCUACUCCUCUACUCAAUGACUUUGCAACUUUCAUUUUUUGGGUUAUCUAUAGUGUUAAUAAUAAAUCCCCCAAUUGAACUAGCAUGCGCUGCCACUUGAACUUUCAUUUUUAUAGAGGCUUCAGUGUUUUUGCUCGUGGUGAUUUAAUUUUGUGUCGUCUCCCGCUGAGUUUUAAACAUGUCUUCUUGAUUUUUGCUAACUUAUUCAAAACUAGUAUGAGUUUUUUCAUGAAGUUAGACAAGGUUUCCUCUAGAGGUGAUAUUUUUGUUAAGGUGCUUCAGGAACCUAUUGAACUCCUUGAUUAGCAUUCAUGGUUUGAUUGUUCCUCCAUUUGAAAUUUAUAUGAUCCUUCCAACCAGGAUUGUAGGUGUUGGAAUAUAGAUUAUUAUUUUGAAAUUCCUCAUAUUGAGCUUCAACACUCUCAACCUAUGGUGUACAAUUUUCAUUUGCAUGUCCCACUCCAUAAAAAUCACACCUAAGUGUUUGAAUUUGACUCAGAUUCACUUGUGCUAGUUGGGACACAACUAGAUACUUAUAAAGUACCUCUAUUUGAGCUAAUAAUGUUGUGUUCAAAUCAACUGCAAGAAUUUCUUUUAAUUCAACCACUCUAACACUUGAAGGACAUUCAUUUUGGCACAGGUUUUCAAUCGUUCUUACCUCAUCUUCAUUCUUUGUUCUCAAUGUACCUCCAGUUGAGACAUUGAGAAGCAUUUUUGUUAGUGUUUUCAUACCCCUGAUUAAGUGUUUGGUUUGUCUCAUAAAACUCAUAUUAUGAUUUUGACACUUACAAAGUGACAACUUGAACCUCUCCCAUGCAUCAGACAAUGACUCAGAUUCGUCUAGAUAAAAAUUGGAAAUUGCAUCUUUCCUUUCUACAAUGGAACAAUUGGGUAAUAGCUCUCUAAAAAUUUUCUUCCAAUUCUUUCCAAGUCUGAAUAGUACCAUUUGGUAUGCAUUGCAAUCAAUCCUUAGUGUGACCUAUCAAAAAAAACCAAUAAACAUAAAUUUACCUGAUCAUUAGUUACUUUUGUCGAUUUUCACAUUGAGCAUGUCUCGUAGAAUUUAGCAAGAUGCUCCUAAUGGUACCUGAUUGCUUGCCCAUUGAAUGGGUUAUCGUUCAAACCUCAAAGUACAUAAUUUGUGAUAUUAAACAUUAUAGGGUAAGAUGGUUAGAAUCAUAAGGAUACUUGUCUAACACCAGUCCUCUUCCAAUAAUCCCCUAACGUCUGUUGUGGUGUAUUUAUCAUCUCUUCUCCCUCUUCUUUUGGUUAUUUCGUGACUUGCAGUAAUUCUCAUUUCUCUUUAUGAAUUGAAUGCGUUGUUCUUUCGAUUUUUGGUUAUAUUGGUUUCAGUAUGGAAUCCAAACCUCGCAUAAACAAACAAACAACACCUUAGUAAAAUUGCAUCAAAAGAGAACAAAAUAAUUGUAGAAAUUAAAAAUUAAAAAUACUGAAACAUUAACUAAAAGUAACUUACAAAAAUAAAAUUAAAAAUUAAAAACAUCGCACAAAUAUUGCCUUGCUGAAAUUAUCAACAAUCCUCGGCAACAACGCCAAUAACUUGAUGACUUAACUAGUAAGUGUACUAGUCUCGUCGAAGUAAUAAAAUAAUUUGUCUCCACAGUGAUUGUGAAUUUAAACAACGUUACACUAAUGCGAUUUAAAGUAAACAAAAAAGGGGUUUUCAACUAUGAUGGUUCGAAAACAAGAUUAGAUCUUUCUUUCGAAUCCCCUAAUUAUAUCUAUUAAUGCAUGUGUAUUAAAAGAAUAAAAAUUAUGCAAUAACUACAUGGUUAAUUAACAAGACCACUACACCUAAUUCUUUGGUGUGCAACUCUCUAAUUUAAACGAAAAUUUCCUAAUUUCUUAGGCGAAUUUAAAGCAAAACUAGGCAUUUCUAAGUUCGUUAAUUCUACAGCCAUAACUUAUAAUUACCUAUUCCUAGUUAAUUAGUAAGUUGAAAAAUUCUCCUAAUUCAUAUCGACACACUUACAAUCAAUAAUGUAUACUCAUCUAAAAUCACUUUGCGCGUUUGUCAAUACGCAAAUAGCAGCAAGAACAAGAACAAUUGAAUAAUAAUUAUAACAUAAACAUAUUCAAAUAAAGUACGAUUAAGUUCAUCUCUAAAGACAUAAUCUAAAAUAGCUUAGCUACUCAUAGUGAAAUCAACAAUUAUCAUGAGUUGAUAAGAAGUAUUCCUUAAAGCCAAUGGAAUAUAAGCUCUCUAAUGGCUCCAAUGUUCUUCAAAACCGCUCACAAAAGCUCCUUGUCGUCACUUUCUCUUCCUAGAAUUUGUAACACUCAAAAUAGUAGAAAAAAUCUCUUUAAAAAGUUGCACACACGUGUUAGGAAAACACGUCAUUACGGCCGCGUUACCAAGAAUCACGAUCGGGACAUAAGCUUAUCGCGCCCCCGAUGAAAUCAAUGUGAUCGUGAGAAAAACAAAGGCAAAUCUUCUUUUUUUUCAAAGUCUCAACUUUAUUCACAUUUGGUUGUUUUUGCUCACUUCUUCAUCAUUUGGAUUGGAUUUAACUCACAAUUUCACCAAUUUAGACGAACUUGCUCGUAAAUAUUCACGUAAUGACAGAGUGUUGUCAAUGCGCCUGAGUGUUCACCUUCAUAGAAUUAGGCGAGACAACACUAGUAGCAGGAGAACAAUCCUCACCCAACCUUCGAGCCUUCAUUUUGGGCGAGUUUUGAGCUAGAUCCUUAGCUUUCCUUUUUCUCCCCUUGAUAGUGAAGCCCUCUAUGUGACUUUAGGGGCUGUUAGUAUCUAGGCAAACAACAUAGAUCCUCUCCUAUCUUUAUCUCCUCUCCUCAGCAAUAACCUUCACCGUCUGAUAUGCAAAAUAAUGCACAUAAGUCAUAAAUAGUGUCUAAAAUUACCUACAAAGUAAAACAGAGUAUCUAAAAUUUACCUAAAUAAGAAGUGAGAUGUUUGCCGCCAUCUAAACACAAUUUAAUUAGUGUAUGAGAGUCCAUAUGUUCUAACUUCAACUGAAGGCGAAUAAUCAUCGCCUCCUUAAGGGUAAGGUAUUCCUUGUCAUAUCCCAUGAUCCAUACAUGAUCAUUCAUCCAGUAUAGGGAAAGAGGAGGGGCGUCAUCAGCCCCUAACACUCCAAGAGAAUCAUCUCCCCCUCACACGAGCGAACUUGCACUUCUAAUAUUUGUAGUGAUUGGAGUGGGAUGCAAAAAAUGGCAUUUCUUGGAUGACCACUUAAGGACACCCAACUAUCCUUUGCCAGUCUGGUGGUGUAAAAAGAGAAAGAGAAUCCUACAGUUGGAGUAACAUCCAAAUCCUCACAAACCUUCUGAUAGGCCCUGAUAAAACCCCAGUUGUUAGGGAAUUGUAGAGAGGGCGUGACUUUGAGAACCCUCGAAACCUCAAUGGAAAAAUGGGAAAAGAGAGAAAAGAUCCCCCCAUUUCCUUGAUAAAAGGGAGGUAGAAGUAAAAGUAAGAAGGAGGAGGAUCAGACGAGACGAAUGUGGUCACCCUCUCGAACGGCAAAUAAGCCUCCAGAACAACCCUGUCUUCAUCCUCUAAAGAAGAAACCUCCACUUCCUAACGGAAAUGGAGGAUAUGUUCGUCAAAAUGUAAUAUGGUCCAAUAUCUUUGAUGUCAUUGGACACGACAAAAGGGGUAGCCAUUGUCUUUUUGGUUCUUGGAAAAAUAGUAAGACAAAUUAAAAUCACCAUCACCAUCGAAAUUGUCAAAGGGGGCAACUAUUACCCUAAAAAUCUACCGUCAUACACCAACCUAAGCCAUAUUUUGAACGCUUCUUUAUAAACCCUACUCACUAUAGAAAAAAGCAAGAAAAAAGGAAACUCAUACUUAGAAAAAGGUUGUGAAUAAAGGAUCAAGGAUGAUGAGGAGUUUAACAGUUUAGAUGAGCUUGCAGAAGUGGGAGAAAAAUAAAUCAAUUGAGGUGGAAGGAGAAAGCUUUUAUAAUGGAAUUGGAACCACAAGGGACUUUUUAGACUUCCCCAUAAUUUUGAAAAACUCAACACGUUUCUAACACAUGUCAUUAGCGUUUAAUGUCUCGAAAAGCAAGUCAUCAUUACUUACAUUAAAUAGAAGUAAGAGUGACCAUCUAAAUAAUUGAUUGACAUCUCUAACUGAGAUUUUUAUCUAAUCAAGAGACAUUUGACAAGGGAGAUGUCACAAACAAGAGUGACUCUUAUGUCUUCACCUAGAGUGAUGUCGCCCUAGCAACAUUCACACAUAAUAU